CCCUGGGCUAUUUGCUUGGCAGCAUCAGAUACACUGUAUCCAACAGUAUCCCAGCAUCUCGCAGUGCGCAUGAGCGACAGCCAAGCUCUCUGCAUCAAGCUGCCUGGAGUGUAGUAUUGCAGCUCUCUGUCUCUAUGCCUGCUGCCGGUGAGUACUAGUUACUUUCUAUCAGUGGAGGGUUUGUGUAUUCUCCUUGCCUUGGGACUGAUGCUGGGCUGCUGCAUGGCCCCUUCACAGAGCACUGCAGUCCUCCAGCUUUCUCUCUUUCACUGCAAGGACACUGUGGGGCCCUCCUAGGGGUUUCCAUAUAACGUGUUGCCAUUGUAAAAUAAAAAGAGUGACCAUAUCUCACACAGGGUGAAAUGGUUUCCUUUGUAAACAAUGCUAAGGCUGUUGAUAGAAUUACUGAUAAUGGCUAGGCAGUCUUUAGCCAAGACUGUUAGUGUGUAUUAGGCUUUUUAGCAUGUAGCUGGAGCACAUGCUUGUUAUACUGGUUCUGUGAUCCCAGGGGCCCAGUAUGAGAAACGGGCAAACAUUGGAAAGUACCCCUCUCCCCCACCGCCCAUUCCUUCUCUUUAUCUUAGUGGAGCUGUAGGCAGCGGUGCUGAGCUCACCAGAUGAGGAAUACAUGGGGAGGAGCGUGUGCUGGCCAAAGCCUGUGUACUGCAAGCCCCCUAAACAGUCUGCUGUUUGUCACCAGGGUGAGAUGUGAGAAGGGGGAGCCUGGGAGAAGAAUGACUGCUGUUUGCAAGCAGACAAAAGAACCUGGAGUGGCCUGUGUGAAUAACAGUUACUUAAGCAAAUCUGCGCUAGAGCACAACUCCCAGCAUGCUAGCCAGCUUGUAGCUGAGAAGUUAGAGAGGGGUCCUUUGAGAUCAUGUUUGCAUGGACUGAUGUUUGCAAUAGAGGGGGAAAGUCUAGCGCAUAUUGUGUAAUACUAUGGGGAUGCUUUGUUCCUGCACAAUAUCUCCUGUCCAGUACAACUCCCAACACUCUAAUCAGAAUGUAGAGGGUAGCUAGAUACAGCUGCUAAGUUGGAAUGGGAACUUGUAAAAAGUAAAUAAAACAGCUGCAUGAAAUUUGGAACAGGCAAGAAAUAUGGCAUCGGGUUACAACUCCCAUUAUGCAUAGCCAUGCCAGUUUGGGAAUGGGAAAUUACAUGUUGCAUGAACAAUUGAGUUUUCUAAAAAUGGAUUUAGAUUUGUCUAGAUUUCAAGCACAUUCUAGAGAAAAAAAUGCUAUCUUCACUGAGGGAAACACCAUAUAUUAUUAGCAGGGCUGGAUUAACAUAAGGGCUGAUGGACAGCGCUAGGGAAUUAGCUGUCGCUAUAUAAAAAAAUAAAAUAAUUUAUUUAUAAAAUAUUUUACCAGGAAAGAUACAUUAAAAUAAAAAUAAUAAUAAUGGGCAUAAAUAUUGCAUACCCUUAUAAAUGUAUUUAUUUUACUACUCUUCACUUGCUCUUGCUUAAGAUGGAUGUAGGGGAACAAAACUUGUGUGGACUGGCUGACAAUGAAAUUAGUUAAGGUAAAGCUGACUAUGCGCACUGUGUGAAUGCUCUUGCUGCUUCAGUCUCUCUAACACUGUGGCAUGUUCCCUUUCUUCUACACUCACUACAUACACCUUUUCUCUGUCCCAGACUGAAUAACAGGAGCUUCUGCCUGCUAGUAAGAAGUUUAGGAGAGGAUUGGACCAGCGAGUGCUAGGGUACAGUCCUUAGAAUGCGUAGAGCUAGCGCAUCAUUAGAAGCAUUUAUGUCAACUCAGGAUGCUGUCUGCACAGUAUGCACUUGGUUGGUCAUCCUGCAUGAUUGGCAGAUGGCCAGACAUGCAUUAACGCCAGCCUGACCAUCUAAUUCUUCGUGCAGACACACCCCCUGUUUAGGCAUGUUUGUCCCUUUUGGCGAUUCUAGUUACGUGAUUCACAUCAAUAGCCCACCCUUUUACCACGCCUACGGAAAUACUGCUUCACCGGACACUAAGGCUAGGGGGUAUGGAUUUACUUGAAAGAUGAAAGGGAGAGAUUAGCACAUAGGGUAUGUGUUUUCUGAUAGUUAUAUCAUUUGAGUUUCCAUCCAGCACCACCUCCACCAGAUAGAUGACGCUUGGGAGGUAUAACCGUUUUAGUAUUUUCUGUCGAUAAGAUUCUGUAAUUAGACCCAUCACAAUUGUCAACACCAGGCUCAAUGGGCUCUUAAUCCUGCUUUGAUUUUUAGAUGUCUGGAUACAAUUAGUCAAGUACAAACAAGCAACCUGCGGCUGCGUUCUGUCAGAAAAUCUAUGUUCAACAUAGGGAAAAAACUCUGAUGUGUGAAGAAUUGUGAAGAGUUGACAAUGGAAUAGCUAACUAAACCAAAAUAAUCAAACUAGGAGAAUUCACCAGCCCAGUUACUUUUUCACUAUGCUGUUUUGUUGUGGCCUAGAAUUCUAAGUUCUUUUGUCAAUGUUUUACAGUUUCAAAUUUAGUUAGUAGGCCUCUUUCUUUUGGAUCAGAAAUACCAGUCAAAGCUCCUUGGAAUUAAAACUCAUACAGGGUUAUUCACUAAAGGGAAAAUUCAAAGUGAAUUUUAAAUGUUAGGCUAAAGUAGCAUUUUUUCCCGUUCAGUUAUUUUGGCUUUGGAAUUUGAACUUCACGAUGUAUACUUCCUUUAGUGAAUAAAACUGGAUGAGUUUUAAUUCCAAAGAGCUUUGACUGAUGUUUCUGAUCCAAGACAUAGAGGUCUGAUAAAAUGUUCAUGAAAUACUCACAUAUUCCAAUACAGACAUAAAAUAUAGUAAAGACAAAUUAGGGACUACUUUGUCUGAUGCAUUUUUCCUGUACUGGACAAAACUUGGUAAAAGGCAGAGCUACCACUAUCAAGUUUCUUUUUUUCAUUACCUCCAGCCAUCACCAGUGGCGACUGUGAGGAAAAGGGCUUUGUGUAUGGAGGUUCCCACGGGGUCGUGGGAUCCUCCAUAGAAAUCAGUGAUUUUCGUAGGUUAUUAUUAUAUCAUAUUAUCUACAUUUAGAUGCUGUUGGCCCUUUAAGAAUGAUAUAUUUAAAAAGAUGGAUAACAUUAACAACCAGGGCAAAAACUAUGCGCCUAGUCAUGCGUCUCCUUGCUUUUGUUUGGGAUUUGCUUUAACAAAGGCAAACAGAUCAAGUCUUUGCAGACAAUUUGUGUCUUAAUAUAUAAAAAACACGUAGUUGUUAUGCUCUCCAGUCAGACUGUAACGGAUGGAUUUGUGACUGUAACAAUGUAAAGAUAUGUAAAUGAACGUGACAUCGCUAGCAGAACAUGACUGCAUCUUUUAUUUUUAAAUCUGACAGGUGUUUCCUCAAAUGAGGUGUAAUUACAUAUACAUUGUUUGUAAGCUCAGUGUUCUAUCUCCUGUUGUCUUGGUUUCCUACUUACCCUCAUCAGUUAAAUGACAGAGGGGUAAGUAAUGCGUGACAGUGCCUUUCACAUCUUGAGUAAAACUUGAUCGCAAUAACAUACAACAUCGGAAAUAAUAAUUUCUUCACAGUGCACGGCAUUGUCUGGAUGACAUACAAGAGAAUGGGAUAGAAGCCUUGUCUGCGUGACAUACAAGAGAAUGGGGACAGAGGGGGCAAUUAACUGGGUAUCCCAAAGCAACACCUUUUGUCAACAAAGUUGUCCCUGUUUUGUCUUUAAUUUAGUUUUGUCUGGAAUUUCAAUGCAGUCAACAUGAGUAAAUCAUAAAGAUUAUUUACUAAAGAGGGUUUGCUAAAGAGAGAAUUUUAAUAAAAUUUCAAAUUUAGGGUCAAAGUAGCCAAAUUCUCUAAUACAGCUAUGGUUUUCACUCAGCUACUCUGGGCCUUAAGUCAGUGUUCGGCAAAUCCCAGGCGCCAGAGAUUUGUGAGCCUGUUCAGCCUCUGAGGUGACCGGCUGCCUGAGAAUGUAGGCGGGCAGUCGGCUCACGCAGGGCUGAGGCGGGCAGGCAGCUUGAGAGCUGAGGGAGGGAGGCGGGCAGCUUUAUAACAGAAUGUGCGCUUUGGUGAGGGAGCUGCUCUCUCUUGCGCACCCAGAAUAUGAUGUCAUUCCGGCCCCGAAUCACUAAACAGCAUUCUAGGGAGCAGACCAGGAAGAUGACAGCAGCCACACUGGACCACAGAGAAAGCGGAUCCACUCCAGUUCAGCCAAUCCAAUGCAUCCUCAUAGAAAAACAUUAGGAGACUAUUACACACGUGCGGCAAAAUGCCAUGCUGCGCAAUGAACUUCUCCUCAUAGAGAUGCUUUGAAUCAAUGCAUCUCUAUGGAGAGCAUUAACCUAGGUGCUGUACACUGUACAGCACUGACCCAGGAAGCACUUCUAAAGGCAGUCUGAGAGACUGUCACUAGAGGUGUUACAGACCGCAAUGUAAAUCCUGCCUUUAGUCUGACAAGUCAGUGUUUACAUUGAAAAUCGUGCAGAGAAAGUAUAUACACUUCAGAACAACUACAUUAAGCUUUUGUGGUUCUGGUGACUAUAGUGUCCCUUUAAGAAUUUUAUUUUUGAUGUUGAAAAAUCUGGCUCCUAACUUUUUUAGCUGGCUCCUAGAUUUUAAGCAAAUUUGUCAAGCCCUGCCUUAAAGAUGAUAUUCCAUUUGAAUUCACAUUGAAUUCUCAAUUUAGUGAAUAACCUUGUGAAUAUGCAUCUGUCAUAUGUGAGUGAAUAGAGGUACUAGCAGUUUUGUAAGUGAUUUUAUUAUUUAGACUCUGACAACAGUAUAUGUAUGUCUGUGUGUCUGUCUGUCUAUCUAUCUAUCUCCAUUAUUAGCAAUUAUAUAGUGCCAACAUAUUCCGCAGCACUUUACAAUAUUAUAAAGGGGGACAUUUAACAAUAAAUGAGACUGUUACAAAAUGUUACAGUGACAAUACAUUGCGAGAUUGCAUGUAUUAUCUUUAGAUGAAUGUAUUCCUGAUUAAUUAUUCUACUGUUAUAUGAAGAGUGCUACUUGCAAGUUUUGAUCCAAGGGUUUCAACAACAAAAAAAUAGCAUAAUACUAACAUGAAACAAAGUAAUGUAGCAAAUAAAUGUAGGGUAAAAGCACAAUUUUAUAGUUUGCUGUUUAUAAAUAAAAUUUUAAUUAAAGCAGUAGUGCAUUUCAGUACUAGCCAACUAUCAGUUUGAAAUAUGAAUCCCAGUGCAGAACGUAUGCUGUAGAUCAUUUUUUUCAAGGUAUAGGUGGCACCCAGCUCUUUCUCCCACCUUAUCAUCUAAGAUAAUUCUGAGUCCACGUACCUUGCCGUAAAAGAUCUGUAACAAAGUAAUAGAGUUUUGGUCCCCCUAUUAGCUUGUAAACACAUACGUGUAAUACGUUGUGGGAGGGAAUUCUCAUCUUUAUGUCCUGGGACAGUAGGAUAUGUUUCACUCUUAUAUAUUAAAAUAGUUCCCUCUGCAGUAGUUGAAAUUCUCAGACUAGAGUAGGGAAUAGCUUUAUCCCCGCAACAUCUAAUACGUGUGGUAUUGGAUGCAUGCCACCUACUCAAGGUGAGGUCUAGUGGUAAGAAGCCUGAUGUAUUUAUUUGAGACAUUAUCAAUGGAUUGAGUUGAUCCGAUAGGCCAUGGGCAUAUUUGUAGAUAUCUGUAUUCUUAUUGAGAUUCAAAUCAGCAGUAAAAAAACCAAAACAUUGUUACAUUUUAAAAAACAGCAAUGUGACAUAUUCACUUGCAGUAAUCACAGUUUGCCAAUUUUAGCCUAAAUUGUACAAUUCAUUUGCCAAUUCUUCAAUUCAAUACAAUUCAUUGUUCAGUGAUCAAAUUCCUCUGUCUUCUGUAGCUUUAUCGAAUCCAUAAUUCAGAUUUGACCGAAGAACGAACGUGUACUUAAAUAAAAAUGUUAAACCUCAUAUGGAGAUCACCAAAUUACUAUCAUAUUGCACGCAUAUGGAAAUAAUGUUGUGGUCUGUCAAUGCAAAAAUAAAACUAUUUGGUUUAACUUAAAAGCUUUACAGAUGGCAGAAGCUGAGCACUGCAAAUCAUUCUGUCAACACAAACUAAACUGCCAAGCGAGAUCUGGAAAGGAAAUGGCAAACAUGCCUUCUCCCCCUACAGUCCAGUGAUGGCUAACCUUUGAUACGAGAGUUGUUAUGAAUUACAUUCCCCAUGAUGCUCAUGCAUCCAUUCGGCCCAAAACAAGCAGAAUGUCAAAGACUUGCUUAAGGCAAAUCCAGAAAGACCUCUAGCAGUAAUAUUGACUUACUGUCCAGAUUACAUAUGUUAGGGGUAAAUUUAUAUUUUGUCGCUUUUCUUUCUGUGUUCUUCCCUCUCCUUACAGUAGUAUUUUUCAGCAUAGAGAGCAAUUGUGCAUCUGUCAUUUGAAAUGCAAUAAAUAUGUCACAUUCUGUUCAAGGGGAAGGGAGAAUCAAGGGAAACAACUGUAUUUAUUUUAUAUUUCUACAUUAUGUAGAAAGAUUUGCAUGCUAAUUUGCUAAAGAAUAAAAAAAAUGAUGGGCUUUUUGAAAAAGACAGCAUUUUUAGGUUUGCAGUCUGACUUUAUACCGCACUAUUUAAAAUUAAAUCUACUGACAUUAGUCACUACAUUUGGUAUCAGUAUAUUAGAGGUUUAUAUGAGAUUUGUGAUUCUACUGUUAUAAUUUACCAAAGACUGCACAACCUACAUUUAUAAGGUAACUCCAUGACAUUGGUCAUGGUGCCUGGUGUCUGUAUGUGCAGCAUUUUGCUACGAAACGCUGGACAUACAGAGAUUAACACCACUGCUGCAUUAGGUAUAAUUCCACCUCCGGUAGUGUCACUGGGUGUCAGUCAGGGCAGAACAAGAGUUCCAGGUAGACUAAUAACAAUUUUGUGCAAAAUUGGCGCCUGAUACCAGCACGCACAGCAUGCUAGCGCCAGACAGUCAAUGGCAGCACGUCCCCCUUAAUGCCGCCCCGUUCUCCAUUUCUCCUUUCAGACCGCCCCACUUGAGGACGAUCUGGCCGCAGGAAGAACUUGACCUUUGUGAUGGAAAAGAGGUCAAUCUAAGUCCUUUACUUUUCACCGUUAACUUCAUUCAUAGAAAAGUGAAUUGAGCUAAUUGUUCUUGAUUAUAGCUUUCAGUAAAUGCAGACUUCUUCUAUUGGAAAUUAUGCUGAGGCUUGAAUGAAUAAUAAAUGUAUAUGUAAAUGUCCAUUGUUGGUAGAUGGUUACCUUUUAUACGUCUUAAACUUUGGUUUUAAUAAUUUCCUGGUGUCUGUUUCUGGAGUUUGUCACAUUUGGGACAGUUUAUAAAAGUGCAGAGAAAUUUAUAAUUUAUAAUUAUAAAUGAGAUGCAUCUGAUUGGUCUAUUCCUUAGCAUACACUGACAGUCUGGCCUGGGGAAAGAGGAGGGCUUGUAAAGACUGCAGACAAGAGAUAUGCAGCUUUUGCAAGCUAUUUAGAUAAAGCCCAAAUGAAAAUAUGAAUAAUUAAAUGUAUGCAUGUUUUCAGUGGCACUAUUUCUACUAAAUAGUAAUUUAAAAAAAAAAAAUUCAAUGGGGAUUCCUUUAAAUGAAAACUGUAAUGACUUAAUUUGCCUCUGCUCCCUCACCACAAUCUCAUUAAAGAGGUGGGUGUUACACUUCUGUUACGCCCAGGUUAUACUGCAAGCACCACAAAAAGGGUUGGAUUAGCCCUUUAAGGACUCCAUAAUAUGAAUCAAUCCUAUAGUUACCCACAUUUGGAUCUAGUCAUUCAUUGGAACUGUCAUCUCUGCAUACAGUCUGGGUUCCGGAAUUCUGAGCCCUGCCAUGGGGUGCUUUAUACUGUUCAUGCUAUGUUAAUGUGUAUGUUUCUAAUUGCCUGUUUAUCUUUUUUCUACAUAUCCUAUAACUCUUAUACUCUCUAUUUUUCCUGCAUAUGUUCUAAAGGUUUUAAACAUGGACUGAUAUUUGUGAGAUUUCUCUAUCUCUCUAAAGGCUUUUCCAGCUUCUGGUCCUAAUAACGUGACUAUUAUUGAGCUAUGUUGGCAACCUGAGCCAUAGAAUGACUGACCAGUGAGCCAAGUCCUAUUAGAUUCUGUUUCCUGUAUCCUGAUUUUCUCCUUGUCAACCUACAUUCCAAUGUUUUGUGGAUAAGUUCAUGUGAAGUCCAUUUAUUAUCACUCACUAAAUGCGUUUCAGAAAAUUUCAGUGAAUCAAUGGAUACUUUCCAGCAGCUCUUAAUUUGGCAAUAUAUUCAUAAUUUUGGGCCCCAGUCCAGUUGAUUUUUUUUUCUGUUGUCCACCUUUUGGGUACGCUAAAGAACUAUUCCCAUAAAACGUAGCACAAACAUACCAUUGGAUAAACCUACAUACAUUUAGGUACAGGAAAGCCCUAAACCAAACGGAUUAAGAGCAAUUCUAAAAAUUAUUUUCUCUCUCUUUGUAAAAACAUAUGAUGCAAAUGCAAAGCUAAAAGAGAAUAGUUCUCACAAGCAUUGACCCUACCACGAGCCUCACAUAAAGCCUGACAAGGUGUGUGAAUCUAUAUAAUAAAAGCAAGGGGAAAAUAAAACAUCUAUUCUCCCACAUCUGUUUUACUCAUUUGGCUUUGCAGUGUACGUAACAUAUUUCUUCAUUUGAAACCUAGAGUUGCCAAGCUGACUAGCUGCAAUCAUUUAACUAGGCCAGGGGCAGGCAACCUACGGCACUAGUGCCACGCAUGGCACUCGAGGUGUCUUUCCACGGCACUCAAGGCUGCUACAGCCAAACAGGCUCUGACCUAUCAGGAGUCUCAGUGAAACUUCAGAUAUCUGCUGGUGAAGGAAAAGGUGGUGAAGGAAAAUCCUCAAUUUAUGCAUUGCAGCACAUAGAGGAAAUGAUCUAAGAUUACUUCCUCCCAGCACUUGUGAAUGGGAAUCCACACUGUAGUAGAGCAGCCUGCAGCUCCUGUCCUUGACCUGUGCCUGGCCAGCCUGGUCCCCAUUGGAACCCAGGGAAGCCACACACACUGCUAAAUAUACACAGAAUAUCCACAAUAACCCUUCCCUCAUACAAAUAAUACGAACAGCACACACAAAAACAAACACACAAUCCGCGUAAAUGUAACCCGCUAACAAUCCACAUACAUGCACACAAUCCCACAUGCAGCCUUUCACAUGCAAUACCCCAAACAGCCCCCACACACUACCAAACACACAAUGUGACAUAUCCAUCCACACACAAUUCCAAAAGCAGCCCUCAUACACAGCCCACAUUCAUAUGUAUCAUACACGAUACCACAAACUACUAAUGAACAUAUACAAUAUAAUAGCUCAUAUACGCACAAAUACAACGAUACAAAGCAAUUACAGUAAAAAUAACACAAGCAGAAUACGGCAGCAUACACACCUCAAUUUAAAAAAAUAGGAUCGGCACGCUACGGGACAACACACUCCUAUAUCGGCACAGUGCUGCUAAAAGGUUGCCUACCCCUGAACUAGGCAGUGUAGAAGAUCUCUGGUGAUAUGAAAUGGCCAUAGUACUUUCCCUGUUUCUGAAAAUCCUGUCCAAAGACACAGCAACAGAGAACCGGGAUGUUAUGGUGAUGACAUAAUAGUUCAUAUUGACAUAAUGCCUCCGUCGUAUGUUUAACAAAAUGCAUCCACCUAUCAAUCUGUCUUCUUGUAAAGCUCAAUGCAUUUUUCUCUACCACUUCCCAUUUGAAAAGGAAAUAACAGUAACAGGACAAAUAUACGUGUUACUUUCCCAGCGAUUACAGGUGUUUAUCUCCAAAACCCAGUUCUCAUGAUUUUGCCUGCAGUCAAGUCCGUUUCUUUGACACCAACUUUAUGCAACUCACCCAGGAGCUCAGAUGCAUCAAUAACAAAAUAUACCCCUAAAAUAUAAAAGUGACAUAUGAUAUGUGUUACCUUAUGCAUGACCACCUGGCUUUAUUUCAAGGGUACCAUCGUACAAAUGGACACUCUUAAACAACCAUAAGCACUACAAUUCACCUCAGAUGGGGUUGGUCCAAUGGCAGUAGGAAUAUUUCCAGUUUAUAUCAAACCAUCAAAGGACAAUGUCGAGCUCCAGUUUGUUGUGGUGGUUGUGUUGCUUUAAGUGUCCCUUAAAAGAAAGACUCCAAGCACCAUAACCACUACAACCUUCUGUAAUAGUUAUGGUGCCAGGAAUGUCCCAGCAUCCCCCAUACUUUUAGGAGUCAAACCUUUUUUGAAUAGUUUGACUCCUAACAGUAUGGGGGAUGCUGGGGCAGAAGGUUAUGGUGCUUGGUGCUUCUUACCUGGGGUCAGCUAGGCAUGACUUUUCAUAUCCACUGCUAGUGUAGGAGAGCCAGAUGUUCCUAAAGUGGAACUUCUGUUAAUUCAACUUUGCAGAGCAGGGCCUUCCUCAUUGGUUAUUAUUAUUAUUAUAAUUAUUUUAUUAUUUAUAUAGCGCCGACAAAUUCCGUAGCGCUGUACAAUGGGUGGACUAACAGACACAUAAUUGAGAUCAGACCACUGAUGUACAGUAACAGAGGGGGUUGAGGACCCUGCUCGAUGAGCUUACAUGCUAGAGGGAGUGGGGUAUAGUGACACAAAUAGCUGAUGCUCCCAACCAUUGAAUUAAAUCCUGCAAUGUAGGUAACUCCUCUCGAGCUGUAGUGCUUAUGGUGCAUGGAGUGCUUCUAUAAUGCUUUUUCUGUAUCUGUUUGGUACUAAUUUGAACUAUUGGGAUUAGCACGAAUUUGAAGCUCAGUAUUUAGGAUUGAUUGUACAUUUGGAAUGAUUGCGAAUUUAGAAAAAACACCUGAUAUUUUGCCUGGAAUUGCCUUGAAUUGCCCAGAUUUGGUUUUCGAUAAAUUUAAAAGAUAACUUAAAUUUUAAAGGGAAACUAUAUGUUAUACAUAUAUAAUAACAAUAUCAUAAAAACAUCUUAUGCUUUAUGUUCGAGUCACUCUAUGCACCAUCACCUUUGUAAUUAUGUAACUAUGUGAUGUUGCUUAGAGUGACUCAUAUGAAUACACACACUUACUUCUGUGUUUUGUAUAUCUGAUAAUGUUUUGUUACUUUUUAAAAGCCUCUUUUCCUGUUUUUUUUUUUUUUGUUUAUAUUGUUUCUAUAUACUUAUGUUUUGUCUUAGAUUCUGUAACAUUAAUACAGUCAAAAUAUUUGAAAUAUAUAAAAAAUAUAUUUUUUAAAAACAAAAGAUGGCUUUUGUGUGAUUUUCAUGCAUGAAUGUUAUUAGGAUGGGAAAAUAAUUCAGCAUGUUAUGUGAGUGCUUAGAAUACAUAAAAUAAAAUAAAAAAUAAUAAUUCACAUUUGUAUUCCAGUCCUUGUACGCACCAUUAAUAAGACCAUCCAUUCUUCACACGUAGGACCAGUGUAAUUCUACCUGUGGCUUUCUGUAACAAUAUCCUUGAAAACAUAGUGUAAGUGUAUAGGGAAUUAGAAGUAGAAGACACAGGUGGGUUUUAGUGCCACUCUAUUACUGGGCUAUUGUUCCAUUAUCUAGAGAGAAAACAAUAUCUUGUAUGUAUGUGCGUUUCCAUAGAUUGCAUCAUUUUGUAUGAUUUAAAGCCACAUCUGUUACAGCAGCCUGCAAAUAAAAGGAUUAGUGCUUUUGCUUUGAUUUGACUAGACGUUCUUUAUUAGAAACAAUUACAGAGGGUUUCUUUUUGUGAAAUGUUUAUAUGUAUACAUAUAUAUAUACAUAUAUUUUAGAUUUUAUAUAUUUUUUCCUUAAUCCACGAUAUCAUUUUCUUUAUCGUUCAGUACAGAAUUUUCCUUAUAGCAGAUAGUAAGCAUUCCAUUUCUGUCAAAACCUUUGAUCAAGGUUACUUACUAAACCAUAAGUUGUAAAGAAAUCACCAGUGAAUUACAUGUUGGAGGCCAAAGUAGCAGAAUUUGAAAUAAAUUCUCCAGUGCUGAUAUUUUUCUCGACCUGGAAAAUUUGUGAACUAAAAUUUGUAAUCUUCUUGGGAAGUCCCCUCAAUCCAUGGUUCCUUGAAUAACCCUGGGGGGUUUAUUUGCUAAACACCAAAUUGUAGUAAAUUGCAAAAUUUAGACCAAAAAGGGGUGUAUUGGAGAUUUCUCUAAAUCAUCUAUAUUCAAUUCAGCCUACAUUUUACAGUUUGAUUUAUAACUCCCCUCAAUUCAAUAUUACACGAAGAAACCAUUCAGUUGUGUUUUAUUUGAGUUGAAUACUCUUGUACGCCAUACGCCUGCCUCCUUAGCCACACCCCCUCAUGUCAGAAAGACUUCCUUAUCAAAUGUAUGUACACUGUCUCAGCCGAAUAGCACUGAGUGAGCUGCUUUUGAUUCACAACCUGGUUGCAGACAGUCAGAAGACCUGCAAACAGGUAGUGAUAUCCUUUCUAUAUGUCUCGUAGGUUUCCUCUCAUUCUAAUCAUUGUUGUUCUGACCAUUUAGUUCUGUCAGUGGCUGAGCUGUGUGUAUACAUUUGAAAAGGAAGACUUUUUCUGGAAUGAGUGGGCUUGGCUAAAAAGACAGGCCUGUGAUGCAGCAUUCUGCAAAACAUUUUUUUGUGAAAACUAUGAAGAUUUGAGCAUGCAAAGAAUACUGGAUAUCAAUUGCAUCAAAGUAGUAUUGGUGCCUGGAGCGACCAUUUCAGGACACAGUAACACAACUGAAAGCAAAGGUCAGCUAUGGUCAUACCUGCCAACUCUGGUGUCCUGCUUCCUUUUCAAUCAUGUGUCACUCGCUCUGCCCUAAAGGGGUGGGCCCACCUGGAAAGAGAGCAGGUCUGCCUAAGUUAAUGGCAGGUCAGCCUGGUGGACUGCCUAUCCAUCAUACAGGCCGGCCCACAAAGGUCAGAUCCUGCAUGUAACAUAGUUUCAAUGCUCGCAAUCACAUCUAUUGAUUCGCUCAAGCUUUGAAUGUUGGGGACAUUUCUCAAGUGUCCCCAAAAGCGGGACAGCAGGGAACUAUGGAAGAAGGGCAGAAAGCGACCCGAAAAUCAGGAAUCACCUGACGAAUUUGGAAUGGUUGAGAGGCUCAUAUGUUUUCAGUUUGGUUAUCUGGCCUAUAAUUUGAAAUUCAGUUUGAAUUCACUAUGACCUCACACUUCAGUGAAUAACCUUGUAAAAGCUAGCUAUAGAUUAGUGGGGUAUUAAUAAAGUGAGAAUUCAAAGUGAACUUAUUUAAAGUCAAAAUAGUCAUGUAUGAUUUUAGUUCUGCUAUGCUGGCAUCACAUUAGGCAUUUACUUUAAAUUAUUACUUUAAUAAAUAUUCCUGUAUGUUGUUUAUUUAUAUUUCAUUCUAGAUUAAGCUGGAAAAAUAUACAAAUCUAAUUGUAUAUUUUUAAAUUUAAUCAAAACAGCAGUUUUGCGUUAAAAUGUUAAAUUCUCAUAAUUUUUCCACAAUUCCCACUUCAGUGACAAGCAGUGUCUCCAUGUCCCUGUCUUGCUAUGGUUACUGUAAAGCAUUCCUUCACUUUCAUUCUAUUUACUAGGUCUCUUGUGCUUGUAUGGAGCCUCUAAUGCUGUAAUCCUGGUUACAAUUUCUAAUCCCUUGGCACUUCACUAAAAUAGUUAUCAGAUUAGCUCCAGUCAAAUAUUUACUAACAGGCAAAGUAAAGACAGUCUUUGAACUAGUAUUCCAGAUCUGUUCACAUUAGUAAAAGUAGGAGAAUGAAAAAUGCCUGCUUCCUUUGUGUCCUUUUCAGGUCAUUAUAGAGUGACUACAAAAAAUAUUAUUAGUUAUAUAGCGUGACUACAGGCACAUCUGUGCUUAAUGUAUUUCCAGGUGUACUGUACAAGUGCCGUUCAUUCAUAUGUCGCAUGUUCAGUGUUAGUGCAAGGUCAUGAGCCAUGAAUCCUUUCAUAACAAAUUUUCAUCUGAAUUUACUCUAAUCCUUUUUAAAUAUAUAUAUAUUUUUUUAAUCCAGAAUGCUCUAUUAGACAUUAGUUUUCUGUCCCCCCACCUCCCCAUCAUGUAGGAAAAUAACCAAUAAAAUUACCUGGAAUCCAGCACCAGGUUAAUGUCUUACAAUGGGUUUCUCACUCUACGUUUGAGUGUUCCGUUCUCACUGGGUGAAAGCAGGGAUGGGAUGGAGUGGGUGGGGUGGACAGUGGUGGGUUUUAGAAAUUAAUUAAAUGGGGGGAUGUUUAGAAAUAUAGGGUAGUGGGGAUUGAGAGAGGGAGGGAGGAGUGACCAAGCUUCCUCUUGCAUGCAAGGGUAGACAUUAGCUACGUCUUUUGCCUGCACCCAGUGCGCACUGAUGACAGAUGUAUUUUAUGCACAGACUUAAUAUUAGCCAGCCUGGAACUAGGGAGGUGCAUGGGCAAAAAAUUUGGUUCGGUUUGGCACUUCCGAAAAUUUGGGACUUCGGCAAUUUGGCACUUCUUUUCGGCACUUCCGAAAUUCGGGACUUGGGCAAUUCUGAACUUCGGGUUGGCACUUCGAAAUUAGGGACAUUUGUAAGCAUCUCUCUCUUGCCACCACAACCACUUACACAUCUGUAGGGCUCCCUAACCCUACCCCUACCCCUAAUCCACCUAUAACCCUACCCCUAAGGCUACUCCUAACCCCUAACCACCACAACCACUUACACAUCUAGGGUAAGGAGUAGGCGUAGGGUUAGGGGGUAGGGGUAGAGUUAGGUGCCCGGACUGUCACCACAACCACUUACACAUCUAUAGGGCUCCUUGUGCCAGGAAUUAGUUUAUUGGUCUAGAUUUGUGCCAUCAUUCUCGUGAUUUUCCCUACCACUCUUGUUUUGCCACUUUUCAGAAAUCCAAAGCACUUCGGCACUUCCGAAAUUUGGCACUUUGCCAAUUCGGUCAUUUGUACGCAUUUACAUUCGGAACGAAACGAAUUGCUCAUGUCUACCUGGAACAUUGUUCUUUAUUGCCUAAGACACGUGUGCUGGGGCUGUAAUUAACUAAUAUAUCUCUAUAUCUGCAGUGUUUCAAGCAAAAACACUGCACAUACAGAUUAUCACCAUGACCACUUCUAAAAGCAGAAAUGGUCAUGGUGAUUGGAGAAACUCUAAAAAAAAAAGCCCAGCUGUGUCAAUAUAAAGCUGGUUUAGAGAAUUUUUCAUAUAAGUAUUUUUUGCUCAUAUUUUGCAGUUUGGUUUUCCAUUAAUUAAAGUUCCGUUCAUAAUGAAUAUAGAUUUAUGUGUAGUGUAGGGGCAUGUAUCCCACAACAUAUUAGCAAUGUACUAAUACUUAUGUAUCUUUGUCCCUGAUACCUUUAACCCCUUAAGGACCAAACAUCAGGUAUAAAAGGGAAUCAUAACAUGUCACACAUGUCAUGUGUCCUUAAGGGGUUAAAGUAGACAUCCAUAAAAUAUAUUUUUAUUCUCCGGCUUAAAUAAUGGUUUAACCCCAAAGUGAUAGAUCUGGUGGCCUAUCACUCUGCUUUCAGUCUAUCUGUAGCUCUCCGUUUACAGAACUACUUGAGAAAUGUCCUAUAAAGCGUCUAAAGAGCGAGUUAUUUCAUACACUCAACCACCACCACCACGCCACAUGUGGAUUGUGUGAAUGGUAAAGGGGGGGAGCACAUUUAUUGUGUCUCCACUUAGGUAAUAGGGAUCUGAGGGAUCCUCACACAUUUUAUGCAGUUCCCUUCAAUGGUACCAGAUGCUCCUAUUGGCUUAUAUAUUCUUAAAUGGAAAUGCCUCUUAAUAUAUGCAUCAUACAAAUCACUGUUGCUUUGUCUUAUUCUUAUUUUGCCUGUGCUUCGUUCAUUUUUUGCUGUCUCUGUACAAGUGUGCGACUUGCUGUGAAUUUGUCAAUGUGCAGCUGUGCUUACUAAUGCUAUCUUAGCUCUCUCUUCCUGUGUAAAGCAAUAGGCAGGUUGGUAGUGUUAUGUUGUGAAUGGCUUGUGCAGACUUUGCAAACAAUAUGCAUCUGUAUGAGCUAAAAACAAGGUGUUCUUUUUGCAUAAUGCUCCAUCAGAUGUACUACUUUAUAUAUAUAAAGUUGUUAUGGUGGCGUAUGGUGUUUGGAGACCCCUAGGCUCACGCUUACCUCAAGGGGUUGAUCCGUUUUCAAACGGUUUAACCUCGAAGUUGCCUCAAGCACUGGUCUCACCUCCCCCCCAGCAGCAUCCAGCUUCUGAAAUUUCAGAUUCAGGAAGAGUGGAGUGCCUUCGGGCAGGGGCGCCGAUGAUUUGCUGAGAGCAUGAGCUGACUGCUCUCAGACAGUCAGUGGCACUUCUGCCCGGGAGAACCCCACUCUUCCUGAAUCUGAACUUUCAGAAACCGCAAGGGGGAGCCGAGACCAGAGGUGGAGGCAACUUCAGGGUUAAUCUGUUAAAUAAUGGUUUAAUCCCUAAAGGUAAAAGUGUGCCUGGGGGUCUCAGGGGAGCAUAACAACUUCAUUUAGAUUAAAUUGUUUUGGUGCCUGAAGUGUUUCUUUAAGUAAUGCAGAUUGUUAUAUAUGUUUUCUUUAUAGGCAGUAGUGUUUUAGGAACCAAAAAAAGGGAUCAGGCACCUCAGUCUAUGUUGUCAGUGUAGUUUUAUACCCAGGGUGGCGGUAGUUUACGUUGGUCCUGUAAUAAAUGAACAGAAAGAAAUCCCUGCUGAAAUUUACACCCAGAAUGUAUUGUUAAAGGGAUCCUAUAGUGCCAGGAAAAUGGCUUUGUUUGGGUUAAAAACCCUUCAGUCACUUACCUGAAUCCAGCACCGAUGUCCCUCGGUGCUGGGUCAGGCUCCGCCCACACAAUGGCUGCGCACGCAUUAGACCUUCCCAUAGCAAUGCUUUCCUAUGGGGAAAAUCUGACGCUGGAGAUCUGUGAGGACGUCCAGCAUCAGAUAACGGACCAAAAGUCUGUUUGGAUUCCUGAAGCCCUCUAGUGACUGUCUGGUAGACAGCAAAAGAGGGCAGACUUAGAGCCGCAAUGUAAACAUUGCAGUUCUCUGGAACUGCAAUGUUUUACAUUGCGGCACUAAGUGCAAAAGGGUCACAGCACCCAGACUACUUCGAUUAGCUGAAGUGGUCUGGGUGGCUAUAGUGUCCCUUUAACGAAAGCAGAUGCCGUCUGCAAUGUAUGUAAUAUGGCUGUCAUCAAUACAUUAACUGCAGCUCUCAGAACGCAGACAUGCUGUACUUUAAUGUGCUAUUGGCAUACCCUAUUGCUGCUCCUAAAAUGCUUAUUUCUCCACUAUUUUAUUGUAAAGAAAGAUAAGACAUUCAAUUCAAAACUUGUACAUCUUGAAAAACAAGCUAGACGAAAAUAUGUCUGACUUACAAGAUUUGGUUAUCUGUCAAACAAUCCAGCUAGUCUAAAGGGACCAUCUAAGCACCAUAAUUACUGUAGCUCAUUGAAAUCGUUACAGCACUAAAAAGAUGUGUGCAGAUUUUUAUUUCAUAAUCUCCAAUGCUCAACCCCCCCAACUUUACAACAUUGUCUAACUUCCUCAUUCAAAUUCUUGUACAUCAUAAGUACAAAGUGAUUGGUACAGAGAGCUAGGCUAUAACCAAUAUUAAUGUACAGUUUUCUUUUUUUCAUAUUUUUGGAUGCUGUUUUCUUGAGCAGAAUUGCUGUAAUAUAUUGUAUUAUUGUGUGUUGCAUCAUAAAAGGUACAUUUCUUGAUGUAACGGCAUUCUGAUUUUUGUUAACAUUCCAUAUGUAAAACUCUAAUUCCAGGUUAAUCUGCCAUGACUACAGCAAGAUAUAGAGCUACGUGGGAAUUGGCAUUAGACCCACUAGUUUCCUGCAAACUUUGCCUCGGUGAAUUCCCAGUCGAACAGAUGACCACCAUAUCACAAUGCCAGUGCAUUUUCUGUACUCUGGUAUGUAUAGCUUUCCUUUUUACAAUUUCAGGGAGGGUUACAUUUUCUAUAUUUCAACAUUGAAUAAUUACUGGAAAUAGUUUUUUAUUUGUUUUUUUAGCACACCAAUAGUUUCCAUGACAAUAUAAAUGCCAUUUAUUAUCAUAAAAUACUUUGAUCUUACCUCCCAAGACUAAGAGGGCCAGUAGGGAAUAUGGGAGUGACAAGGCAACAUUGUGAGAGAAACCUCCUGGAAAACAGGGCAGAUCUUCCAUAAAAGGGAUUAAAAUAAUUUUUCAGUGUACCGGAAAGCCCCACUUUGGUUAACCCAUGCACUGAGAAUUGUUUAAACUCUCUUGCAUGCGAUGAAUGCCCUAAGGUAAGUUUUCAAAGAGCAAGUGUAUCUAAUGAUGUGCUAGCUCUGCGCUUAUUGGGAGCAUUUUGAUGGUAUUCCAGAGAACAAGCUCUAGUCACUUGAAACGGGACCACAAUUCAGGAUUGCCGUGUUUAAUCAAGGUAUUUUGGAAGGUAUGGAAUGAUGGAUAUAUAUUUUUGAAACCCAGAUGACUACAAAUAGGAGAAAGCAUGUACCUAUUUAUAACAAACAUUAAUAUGAUAUAACUUCUAUUGUGUGUCUGACCUAAAAAAUAUUUAUAUUUUAGCUUUAAAAUGUUAACUGAUUUUAAAAGAACCAAGGAAGUCAUGUUUUGGCAUAUUCAUAAUUAUAUCCAGGGAGUUUGCUUUAUCUGCUGAUAGGCUGGGGUAGACAUCAAUACCAGAUCUGUCCACUCCGAAACCUGAUCUGCCCCUACGUAUUAGUACUUUGUACACAUUACAAGACACCUAAAAUGAUUUAAAUGGACAAUAAAACAACUUACACUUAAUGAAGCGGUUUUACUUUAUAGAUCAUGCCCUUGAAGUCUCACUGCUCAAUUCUCUGCCAUUUAGGAGUUAAAUCACUUUCUGUGCAGCCCCAGCAACCCCUCCCCUGGCUGUGACUUACACAGCCUGAAUGAACAAAAUGAUUUUAUUUUCAAUCAGCUGUUAACUUACUUUACUAGUUUUUAUCUCUCUGUACAUUUUUAUCUGCUGUGUAAAUAAAACUUUAAUUAGACACAGGAGGUUUUGGUUAAUUUUUAUCUUAGGACUUAUGCCCUACUAACAUAAUAGACAAGGAAGAAAUGGUUCAGCCGCCUCUGUCAUUGGCUGUGUAGAGAGCUUUGGCGAAAGAGACAGUGGUUUGUAGUUGCUGGACUAGUGUCUGUCUAAUAAUAAUCAUUAAAUCAUUUUAUCUGCAGCCAAACCAAAAGUAGAUAUUUCAUAUGAGCCACUAUUUCAAAUGUUUAGGAUUUGGUUGCCUACAACAUGUAAUUAUUGUUAGAAAAGCAAUAUCGAAAUCUAUAAAUAUGUGUUAUGGUGGUAAACAAGUAACUUAAUAUACAUGGGGCACUGUAGGGCUACAGUGCCAGGGUCAAGAAGGAAUUGCUCUGGACUUCAAGCCUACAGCCUGCAUGGGAUGUGGGCCACAGCAGUGCAGCACAAUUCCUUUGACAAUAAAAAGCAACUGGGGGUAGUCUGGUAUAUCUUUUAACACAGGACUGAAGAGGCAACUUGCUUGUAUUGUGCAUGGACUGUUCUGAUCCAGAACUGUAUGGGUUUGUGCAUGGACUGAUGGCUCACAAUCUCAGUGAUAUCCAGGUAUUGACUGGCCUACUGGGAUAUUUACCAGGAGACUGAUGCAUCUGAGGCUGAGUAGACUGUCAGACUGUGAUGAGUAUGUAUGUAUUGUGUGGAGGUGUUGGCAAGUGGCUGAAGGAUUAGAUGAAACAGUGGUCAAACACUCAUCACAUUCGCAGGUUGACACUUUGGGAUCACUGGGAACAGUCUGUGUCACUUAGGCACGCACAGCUCUCUCUGAAUGGUUUUGCUGAUGGAGGUUGUGCUGGUUGUGCUGAUGAAGGCUGCAGGGAUGAUGUCAUACCCAGUAGCGUCAGCAUCCUCUAUUUAAUCUCUGGCAAAUCCAUUAUUUGCAUGUGCUGAGUGAGAAGGACCAUCCACACAGAGGUCUGUCUUUCGUGCAUAUAAAAAGGUCAUUCGUUUGUAUUUGCCCAUUCGUUUGGAUUUCAGCAUGUUGAAGUGAUUAUGGUGCUUGAAUCGUUUCUUUAAUGUUCUCAGCUACUUCCCUGUUCCUCAAAAUUUACUAAUGCACCAAAAAUGUGUUAUUUUUGUAUCCCCUUAGAAUUUUGGGGGGUUACCUAUCUCCGUGGACUGUUCUUUUUGUAACUUGCUUUAGUUUCACAAUAUCAAAUGUUUCAAAAUAUAAAGUAAAUAUUAAGUUUACAUUUACUUCAGCACAUCAUUAAGUCAUUACUAUUUAUGUUAUUUCUUUUGACAGAAUAAUAAAAUUAUAAUAAUAGUAAUAAUAAAAAUUAUUUCAUGACAGAAAAUUGUUUAACAUUAGGAGCAGGAUAAAAUAAAAUAAACUUGUAAUUAUAGAAACUGUGAAAAGAGCAACAGGGCAGCUUAGCUCAGUUAAUAAAUAAGAUUGUGUAUGUGUCUAAUAAACUCCAACAUUGGGUAAUGAAUGCUAAGGAAACUUUAAUUUCAAAUGACAUUUUGUGUAUAAAUAUGAGAGUGUUUAAGUAAUUCUGACAGUGAGAUUAUGCAGUCUACAGUUAUGUUGUAUCUCUUUAUUAGUUACACAAGAAAACACAGUGUUCUAGGUGAAUUGGUAAUGCUAAGUGUCAUAUGUCAGUUCAACAGGCAUGUCACGGUUUAUUGCAAGUGGCAUAAUGCCAUUUAAUUUGUAUAAUAAGGGGUGGACGAUCUAUAGCUCGCCAGUGUUUGCGUAACUAAAAUUCUUAUUAUCCUCAGCCAAUUUCUUACAUUUGUCAGGGAUUUAUUUACAGCAGUCAGCUUUUUUCAUUACUAUUACCAUUGAUAGUGUGUUGCAAUAUGGAAAACACUAAAAGACCACUCAUACCCACUAACAUAGUUCUCUCUGCCUCUGCUUGUUAAUGGAAUGUGGACCAUCAGGGGGAUGACAAGUGACAUGGAGGUUUUUUCGUGUAUUAUUAUUAAAAAUAAUUGAAUUGCAAAGUAUAUUAUUUACUAAUUUAAUUGUUGGAGCUUCCCAGCUUAUUAAUUUGCUGAAAUCGGGUGAUAAACAGAUAUUUAGUGGCUGAUCUAGGUUUCUAAAUGGCCAGUUAUGGUGCCAAUAAUUCAUGCACCAAAGUAAUUUACACUGUAUGACAUCGACAUCAGACCCAGGGAAAUGCACAGAUAUAGCCAAAAUUAAAAAAAACAGAAAAUGCAGUAACUGCGCUAAUACUCAUUAGUAGGUCAGGAAUUUCUUGUUGCUCUCAAUGGAAGUUGCACAAUGUGACCAGUGUCAUUGUCUCCAGUAUCAUCGAUGCUAGGCUGAAAGCCUCAUCUAACCUCUCCCCAUUGCGCUCAGCUCGUCAUUUUUAUCCAGGUUGGACAUAAUCACACAGAAUUGUAGUUUCAGCCUUACCCGUGUGGAUGCAAAGAGUGUGCUGGGGAGAAUAACAAUUUUUUUCCAACUGCUCCAAAACUAACAGUUAUAGCACCCUAACCAAUACAAAUAAUUGAAAUGGUUAUGUAACUUAGAGUGCCCUCUUAAAAUUGCAUAAACCACUCAAUUUACAUGGUUCAGUUAAAGGGUUUCUCCAAGCACUAUACCCACUUCAGUGAUUCGUUUUGUAACGCUAUGCAUGCUUUGUUUCACCUCUCUGCCGCUGGUGGUAUAACUCCACCUCUGGUAGUGUCACUGUUAGUGGUUAUGAUACUUGGAGUAACCCUGUAAAUACCUUGCAACAUAGCACAGGCAUGUGGUCUAGCACGUCAGAUAAAGAAAAUAAGUAUACAGUGUUUUUAUAAUCUCUGAUACGGGGCUGUUAAUGUGCUGUAAUAGAAUAUUUCUUUAUUAUUAAUUACCAAAUUUUUACUUGAUUUUAUAUUACUGGCUAUAAAAACUCUGAGUAUUUGAAAUCAUUGGGUAUUGUAAACACAAAUAGAUAUAUGUUCUUCGUAGCAGUUUUUACAUAUUAUGUGCACACUUAUUAUGCUUUAUUAGUAUAGCAAAGAUCUGACCAUACCUGGUUUUUUUAACAGUGUUUGAAACAAUAUGUUGAGCUUCUAAUUAAGGAAGGCUUGGAAACCGCUAUUAGCUGCCCCGACGCUGGCUGUCCUAAAAGAGGCCAUUUACAGGAGAAUGAGGUAAGAUCAUUUGGAAAUUAGAUAACAAGAAAUAAAAUGACUGUCUGUCUAUUCGUCAGUGUCUUUGGAAGCACAGAAUGUGUUAAGCUUGUAUUAGUCUUUUUUUUCUGUUCUGUUCUUUCCCCUGUUUUUAUAUGUUCUAUUAAGUAAUAGAGGUCUAUGUCAAACUCAUUUUGCAAUGUUCAAGACUAUUCCUUGUAGCCUUAUCUUGAUACGUGUGCACAUGUAUUUCACAAGAUUCAAAUCCGGUUUAUAAAAGCAGUAGUGAAAGUGAACAAUUAGUAUUACAACAAAAGCAGCUCAGCAUUAUCCAGUCUAAUAAAUGUAUUAGUGCAUUAUAAGAUAAUGUGUUACAUGCUUUUGGAUAUUUGCCAUCAUAUAAUAACCAGUGCGAUCAAAAUGGAUUUAUAAGAAUUCUUCUGAAUAUAUAUUGGUGAAGUGUUUACAAUAUUUAUUUUUAGGUAAUAAUCAUUCUGUUAUUUUCAGAAAUAAUUUCUUACAAAACAAUAUUUUUGCAAUAAAAAUACUUCUGUGAAACUGUCGCUAUACUUACAUGUAUUCACGAAUCUGCCUUUCAAUAAUUAAAAGGUCACUAUAGUCACCCCCUCAAUGAAGUGGUCUGGGUGCAGUGGUCCUCUCCUUUUAACCUUACAAUCUAAAACAUUGUAGUUUUCUAGAAACUGUAAUGAUUACAUUGCAAGGUUAAAGAACCACUAUAGGCACCCAGACCACUUCAGCUCAAUGAAGUGGUCUGGGUGCCAGAUCCCCCUGGUUUUAACCCUGCAACUGAAAACAUAGCAGUUUCAGAGAAACUGCUAUGCUUAUAUUGAGGGUUAAUCCAGCCUCUAGUGGCUGUCUACUUGACAGCCACUAGAGGCCACUUCCGCGAUUCUCAGUGUGAAGAUCUCACUGAAAUGACAAGUAAUGCUUUCCUAUGGGCGGAUUGAAUGCGCACGUGGUUCUUGCCGCGCAUGCACCUUCGGCGCUGAUGUUGGCAGGGGGAGGAGAGGUCACCAGUGCCGGGGGAGCCCUGUGCUGGAUUAAGGUAAGUGGCUGAAGGGGUAUAAACCCCUUCAACCCAGCGGGAGGUGGGGACCUAAGGAAGGGAGGGAACCUAAUAACUCUAUAGUGCCAGAAAAAUGAAUUUGUUUUCCUGGCACUAUAGGGCUCCUUUAAAUCCAUGUCUUGUAACUGUGAUACUAACAACCACCAGAGGUGCUUCGUCGGCACAAGACAUGGGAGCCCAUAGAAAAGCAUUGAAUUCAGUUCUCUCCUAUGGAGAAGCUUGAUUGUGUGCUAAGUACUCACUGUGCAAACUCAUUCGAUGAGGAGCAUUGAUUGGACUAUCACAGAGGAGGCCAAACCAUCUCCAUGAUGUUGAGGGAAAAAGAAGAUGAAAGGUGAGCAUUGCAAAAGUAGAUCAUUUAAUUUUUCCAUUUUUAUUGCAAACAGUGGGACCCCUAUAUUUAUAGGAAACGGGGAAACUAUAGCAUUAGGAAUACAGGUUUGUAUAACUAAUGCUAUAAUGUUCCUUUAACUUAAUACAUUAGAAGGAUUACAAGGCAUAUUUUUAAAUAUAAGCAAAUUCCCCAAUAGAACAUUUUUCCAAAAUAGAUUUUAAGGUGACAUACAUGCUUUAAUGUAUCUUAGUUUAUUUCAAACUAUAGGUGACCUAUUAUCAAGAGUGUUGGCAAUAUGUGAUUUAGUGGUUCCGUUUCCCUCCAGUUGUUACAAUGUAUAAGAUGUGAUGGAUAGUUGGGGAUCCAGUAGUGUUUAUGUGUUAAAUGUAUUUUGAUUACCUUUUUUUAUUUCCUUCUUCUUAACAGAUUGAGUGCAUGGUUGCAUCGGAUAUAAUGCAGAGAUAUAAAAAGUUGCAAUUUGAAAGGGGUAUGUAUCCUGCACUAUUUCAUUGACAGCAGAUAAAACAGAACUGCCUGACUUAGUCUGCCCAUUUCCUAUCUAAAUCAUCCUUCAUAUUAUUUCAUGCUUAAAGGACCACUCUAGGCACCCAGACCACUUCAGCUUAAUGAAGUGGUCUGGGUGCCAGGUCCAGCUAGGAUUAACCCAUUUUUUCAUAAACAUAGCAGUUUCAGAGAAACUGCUAUGUUUAUGAAUGGGUUAAGCCUUCCCCCUAAUCCUCUAGUGGCUGUCUCAUUGACAGCCACUAGAGGCGCUUGCGUGCUUCUCACUGUGAUUUUCACAGUGAGAGCACACCAGCGUCCAUAGGAAAGCAUUAUGAAUGCUUUCCUAUGUGACCGGCUGAAUGCGCGCGAAGCUCUUGCCGCGCGUGCGCAUUCAGCCGACGGGGAGGAGAAGAGGAGGAUCGGAGGAGGAGAGCUCCCCGCCCAGCGCUGGAAAAAGGUAAGUUUUUACCCCUUUCCCCCUUCCAGAGCCUGGCGGGAGGGGGACCCUGAGGGUGGGGGCACCCUCAGGGCACUAUAGUGCCAGGAAAACAAGUAUGUUUUCCUGGCACUAUAGUGGUCCUUUAAGAAAGCAAUGUUUCUAUCCAAACCCUUCUUGAAACUGUUAAUUGUAUUCCACUCUACUACCUCUAUUGGCAGUUCUAUGCUUCUAUAUUCCUUUCUGUAAUAGAGUUAACGAUAUCCACUUGUGUUCUAGUUCUUCUCUUUCUACAGAAAUUGUUUUGCGCUGUAUGUUAUUUUAUCCCUCGAGGGACCCCUAAAAUUCAAUCACAUCAUUCCUAUCUCUACUUUGCUUCAAGCACACUCUCCCUGUCUCUCCCUAUAAAUUUAUGCCUUUCUUGACAUGCACAUUUUGCACCAUUGCUUGAGUCCUUAUUUAUUUAUUUUUUGAGUAUCAAAGGGGCAUUCUAUGCACCAUAACCACUACAACUCAGUGUACAGUUUAAAAGUGCAAACACUUUGUGAAUGAACGCCACUGUGUGUUAUUUUUUAUCAAACUGUUUGCGAUCAGUAGUUGAGUACAAAAGCCGUCAGUUGUUGCUUGCUCUCCCUGUCACCCACAGCGUUUUCUAUAAAGCAAGAAUAAAAUUAAUUCUAUUUUUCUACAUUUACUUUGUUAGUGGUUUGUUCUUUGGCGUACUCUGCUUGGAAUUCGGUUGCAGAUUUAUAGAAAGCUUACCUUGUGAAAUGACUUUCCCUUUUAAUAUGUACAUUUUUUCCAUUAUUUUACUUUUUUUUUUUUUUAUAGUUUCAUACUGCAUUAAAUGAAUGAAUAGAAUGCAUUAAAAAUUUGUAAAAGACAACUUUGGGUUGAUUUGGAUUCUAUUAAUGUAAUCUCAGUAGAUGUUUAGAGUUGUGCAUUGUUUCAUAAUUACUGUAGAAUAAUAUCAGUAUAACUCCUCCAUCCAUACAUUUCUGAAUGAUAAAAAAGCUACUUUUUUUGCCUUAAAUUAUUAAUAUCUUUUAUAAAAUAAUAUAUAUAUGCCUUUGUGUUAAUAUUAUAGUAGGUGCUUUUUAUAGUUAUUAGAAAUCUAAGGCAAAAAAAUACAGAUUUUUUUAAUAUAUAUUGUAUAAAGCCUAGUUUCGCAGCCAUUUAAAUGUCUUUUUGCAUUUGUCUCAUUUUUGUGUAUUUUUUUUUUCAGUUGUUUGUGACUUUCUUUUAUUGCCAAUUUCUUUAAAAUGCAGCAGAAGAAUGUGUCAGAGAUUGUCUACAUGUUUAACUGUGGGUAUCCCCUACAACAAUUAUUGCAGUCAUUUAUUUAUACAAUACAAUACAAGACAAUGCAGUUUGUAUAAUUAAAUAUGAGUAUACAUUCUCUGUAAAUACAAAAAUAAUAAUUCAAAUAAAUAGAAUCCAGUAUCCAGAAAGGUGUGAACGUUAGGAUCAAAAUACUUUGUUAAAGGGACACUAAAGUCACCAGAUCAUCUGCAGCUUCAUGCUGUGGUUCUGGUGUCUGCAUCCUGUAAUUGAUAGAACUGUAAACACUGCCUUUUCAGAGAAAAUUUAGUGUUUUUAUUGCUGCUUAGUAACACCUCUUGUGGCAGUCGCUCAGAUGGCCACUAGGAGUGCUUCCACAGUGUGCAGCACCUACAGUUGACGUCUCCACGGUUUUCAUGGAGACACUGAACGCUCCCCAUAGAGAUGCAUUGGUUCAAUGCAUGUCUAUGAGGAGAUGUUCAUUAGCACAGUGUUUUGGCGUGCAUGCACGAUAACCUCCUAAUUAUUUCCUGUGGGAAAGUGUUGGACUGGCUGAGAUCAUCAAGAUUAAUGAUUUCAGCCAUGGAGGCUGGGCAAGCAGUGAGGGAGAAAAAAUAAGCUUAAUCACCCUCAUUCUCCACACAUAGGGGGCGCGGGGAACCUAAAAGAUAGUUCAUGUUUGUAUUUCUAACACUAUAGUUAACAGAGUCAAUAGAAAAUCAUACAUUAGAAUUUCUUUUUUUUUUAUAGAUAACUCAUAUCAUAUCAUAAGCAGAAGACAGGGAAGAUGCAACUGUGAACAGAUUCUAAAUGCCUCAGUUAGACAUCGAGCAGAGAAACAAACAUUAAUCACAUCUAAUAUUAAAGUCCACAUCUGAUUCUAAGAGUAUUACUACUCAGUAGGUCUUUGGUCCAAAAAAUUGAACAUGUAGACUAAAAUCAUAGAUAGAUAUAAUGCAUGUAACAAUAUAUAUUUAUUAGGUUUGGGAUUUGGGAAAGCAUUAUAUAACUAGAUAUUCUUUGGGUAGGUGCCAGCACCUGAAAACUUGAUUUAGAAUAAUUACAAUGGUAAUUCAGGAUUAAUAUAGGCAAAUUGGAAAUAUUAUUGAGACUUUCCCAGUCUCGCUUAUUUAAGCGCAAAUGUGGCAAACGUAAACGGAUAACGUCAUUAGAUAUAUAGCUGGUGGUCAAGAACAAUAUUUGAAUUCUACUAAAAGUAUACAGUGUCAUUUACAUGUUCCAAUUCAUAGUGACCCCUCAAAGUGAUACAAAAUGGGGAGCACAUAAUUAAGGACAAUGCCGAAGAGAGAGAAAAAGAAUGGUCGGAUAAUCAACUACAACUGAUUUAAAGAAAACAACAAAAACAAAAAAUGUUUCAAUGCUAUAUAACAAUAACAAUGAUAAAUGCAUAUAACAACUACAAAAUAUUGCAAUAAAACUAAUAUGAUAAAAAGAAUUGAAGAAGACCAGAGGUCAUAAAAUAAAUAUAAUCUCUAAGAAUACUUAUCUCCUAUGAAUAAUUGCCUCAAGGUAAUAUAACUAGAUUAUGAAACGAAUCAGGAUUUCUGUUUUAUCUAGAAAUUCAGGAAUCUAGAAUUGCCGUGAUGUCUCACAGCUAAUAUCAGAUUCAAAUACCUUUCUUGUUAGAAAGAUUAAUUUUGGAUAUGAAUCUAUAUUGGUUCAAGAUUCACUUUCAACACAUUUCUAUAGUUUUUAUUAUUUUCAACAUACCCUAAAAUAGGCUCACCUACGUCCCUUUUGCCAGCUCUGGCAAUUUCUGGAUUUCUAAAGCUGUCCAUUUUUUUCUAGCAUACUAUACAUUAGCUGCGAUAUAACGUGUGUUCAUUUUUAUGUGUUUAUUAAGUAAUGUCCAUUUUCUCCGUAGAAGUACUUCUAGAUCCAUGUAGAACAUGGUGCCCUUCAUCAUCUUGCCAAGCUGUCUGCAAGAUACAAGAGAAAGGACCCCAAAAUCCACAGCUGGUACAGUGCUCAUCCUGUGAUACUGAAUUCUGCUCAGUAUGCAAUUCCAACUGGCACCCAGGACAAGGGUGCCAAGAAAAUCUACCAAUUACUUUUCUCCCCGGGGAAUCCAGGUACAGCUAAAGCAGCUUCAUCAUUGCAAGAAGUCAGUUUAAGUAGGAAUGUAAUCUUCAAUGACUUAUUGCAGCCAACUGCCCAUCUAGUUUGCCAGUAUCCUAUUUAAGUCACAAACAUUUUUUUAUUCCCUUAUUCUACUGAAUUUGUGUAUACCACUCUCAUUGGUUGACUAAUGCAUACAUCGCUAUCCAUUUCUGUAAAAUGUAAUUUCCUGACAUAACGUUCCCAUCUCCCACUAUUCACCAUUCUAGUUAUGUCCUUGAGUUCAAUCUACAUUUCAUCUUCUAAAGAAUGCGUCACCGUCUUCAGUAAACCAUAGCACAACUAUCCCUUUUCUAUUCCAGAGGAAUGUGCAUAUUGGUACAUGCUAUAUUUUCAGUAUUUAUAUUAGUAUACAGUCUUUUUAUUAUUCAAAUAGACCUUAUCUGAAUGUACUUUAGUGUAUUUAUAUAUUUUAGGAAAACAUAGAAACAUAGAAUGUGACGGCAGAUAAGAACCAUUCGGCCCAUCUAGUCUGCCCACUUUUUUAAAAACUUUAAUUAGUCCCUAGCCUUAUCUUAUAGUUAGGAUAGCCUUAUGCUUAUCCCACGCAUGCUUAAACUCCUUCACUGUGUUAACCUCUACCACUUCAGCUGGAAGGCUUUUUCAUACAUCCACUACCCUCUCAGUAAAGUAAUACUUCCUGAUAUUAUUUUUAAACCUUUGCCCCUCUAAUUUAAGACUAUGUCCUCUUGUUGUGGUAUUUUUCUUAUUUAUUUAUUUUCAUUUUUGCCAUUUAUAUAGCGCCAACAGAUUCCGUAGCGCUUUACAAUAUUAUGAGAGGGGGGAUUUAACUAUAAAUAGGGCAAUUACAAAAAACUUACAGGAACGAUAGGUUGAAGAGGACCCUGCUCAAAUGAGCUUACAGUCUAUAGGAGGUGGGGUAUAAAACACAUUAGGACAGGAAAUAGCAUAUAGAUAUGGUGGGAGUGAAGCAGAGCUGGAGGAGAGAGUAGAGUGCUGCCCUUUAGGAGAGGUACUUGAGGUAGAGGCUACUCAUAAGCUUUCCUAAAAAGAUGGGUUUUAAGGCACUUCUUAAACAAUUGAAGACUAGGGGAGAGUCUGAUGGCGGUAGGCAGGCUAUUCCAUAGGAAGGGAGCUGCACGUGAGACGUCCUGCAAGUCCUGAGUUGUCCGUACAGGUGCGAGCAACGGACAGGAAAAGGUCACGGGCAGAGCGGAGAGACAGAGAAAGAGUGUAAAUAUGGAUCUGUGAUGAGAGAUUAGAGGGGCUAGAAUUGUUCAAUGAAUUAAAGGUAUUGGUUAGCACUUUAAUUGACUCCUAUAGGAUACAGGAAGCCAAUGUAAGGGCUGACAGAGGAGUGAGGGGUGAGGUGUAAGAGGACCGACUAGAGAGGAAAAUCAGUCUGGCGGCAGUAUUCAUUACAGACUGUAGUGGGGCAAUACGGCUUUUGGGAAGACCAAUGAGGAGAGGGUUACAAUAAUCCAUGCGGGAAAUUACUACAGCAUGGACAAGCUCCUUGGUAGCAUCUUGCAUAAGAAAGGGGCGGAUGCGGGCUAUGUUUUUAAGGUAGAAUCUACAGGAUUUGUCAACAUACUGGAUGUGAGGCUCAAAGGUGAGGCAAGAAUCAAGUAUGACACCAAGACAGCCCGCUUGCAAGGACGGACUUAUGUGGAUACCACUAACUUGAAGGGAGAGCGAAAGAGGAGGAUCGGUAUUAGGAGGAGGAAAGACAAUGAGCUCAGUUUUAGAGAGAUUGAGUUUCAGAAAGCGGGAGAACAUCCAGUCAGAGAUGGAAGAAAGGCCAGCAGUGACACGUUGGAGUACAGCAGGGGAGAUGUCCAGCGAGGAGAGAUAUAUCUAGGUGUCAUCAGCGUAAAGGUGGUAGUGGAAUCCAAAUGAGGUAAUAAGUUUGCCAAGAGAGGCAUUAUAAAGAGAAAAUAGAAGGGGACCAAGGACAGAACCUUGGGGGACUCCAACCAAGAAAGGACGAGGGGAGGAGGUAUCAUUAGAAAAGGAUACACUGAAUGAGCGUUGGGGGAGAUAAGAGGAAAACCAUGAGAGGACAGAGUCACAGAGACUUCUCCUUUACUGUGUUGAUUCCCUUUAUGUAUAUAAAUGUUUCUAUCAUAUCCCCCUGUCUCGUCUUUCCUCCAAGCUAUACAUGUUAAGAUACUUUAACCUUUCCUUGUAAGUUUCAUCCUGCAAUCCAUGAACCAGUUUAGUAGCCCUUCUCUGAACUCUCUCUAAAGUAUCAAUAUCCUUCUGGAGAUACGAUCUCUCGAGUACUGCGUACAAUACUCCAACUAUAUACUAUAUACUGAUAUAUGUUCAUCCAGUGUUCUGUACAAUGGCAUGAGUACUUCUCUCUUUCUGCUGCUAAUACUUCUCCCUAUACAACCAGACAUUCUGCUAGCAUUUCCUGCUGCUCUUUUACAUUGCCUUCCUCCCUUUAAGUCAUCUGAAAUAAUUACCCCUAAAUCCUUGUCUUCAGAUGUUGAGGUUAGGACGCUAUCAAAUACGUCAAGGAUGCAUUAGCUACAGAAGUGCACAUGACAUUGUAAUUUUGGUUUACAUAGGAUCUUUAGAAUGCAAUAUGCCCUACAUCCUAUAUUACUAUACUGUUUUAAUACACCAAGCUGUUGUUUUUGAUUUUUUGAUUCUUUUGUCACAUUGUGUGAUUUAUUUACAGCUCUGUUUAUAAAGCUGUUGACAAUGAUGUACCGAUUAAACGCUGCCCAAAGUGUAAGGUGUAUAUAGAACGCGACGAAGGUUGUGCACAGAUGAUGUGCAAGAAUUGCAAGCAUGCCUUCUGCUGGUACUGUCUGGAAUCUCUCGAUGUGAGUAUGCAAUAAAGAACACAGAUUAUAUUCUAAAUAAUGUCUGAAUUAGUUAGUAAUUUCUAUUAUUAUAAAUCAAGUUAGAAAGUGAAGACUCUUCAUUUUGCUUCAUCAAAGGCACACAACAUAUAGAACUUUGCAAAUUCCAAGUCAAUGGUCUUUUUUACCUCACCCUCCAUUUUCAUAUUUGGGAUGGCAUCAAGACUGAUAUUUCAGGCGCACUUUAUAAAUUGACUAAUUUAUGCCAAUUUGAACUGACCCUAAUAGCCCCAUCGAUGUUGGCUGACUAAUACAUAAUGAAACUUAAUAGUUAAUUUGAAAGAGGUUGAGGGUUUGUUGGCUCUUACCUUUGUGUUAAAGGCUGUGCUUAGGAUGUGCACUUCCAGAGUUAUAAUCGUCAAAUUGUGUUUAUCACUUUUGCCAACCUCACACUCAGGCUCAUUAUAACCAAGGGGGAGAUAGAUCUCAGAGAGAUAGUGGAGGGAGGUAGAUUGGGAAUGUAUUUGAGAGGUCCCCUCAGAGGGCCUCUAUUUCAAUUUUUUGCAAGAACAAUAUUUUAAAAUCAAGCAUAGAUGGAAAGCUGCCCUAGUUAAAUUGUAUCAUAUGGUAAAGACAACUACAGAUUUACUUUAAAAAAGAAAACAAAAAAACUGUGAUAAGUUGUGAUCUGUUGUACACGUGUCAUAGAGUUCCAACAUAUGGAACUCUAGUAAACUCUUAUUGAUGUGAGUUUUGAUAGAUCAGCACCUGUUUACCCCUGAACUUAUCUCUUAUACAAGCCUAUGGAAUGUCUUACUAAACAUGGAAUAAACACAAAUGAAGGGACUGAAUUCAUAUAAAAGCUAGAAGGGCGCUUGCUGAAAUAUGUUUCACAAAUUAUUUCCUAUCAACUUUUAAGUUAAAAGCUUAGGUGAGCAUCGAAAUGCAAAAUGGAUAUGCACACUACCUUAGAACAUGAUAGGAUUAAAUCCUUUUUUUUUCUGGCUGGACCUCAUGGAGAGAUUAUUCAAAAUAAAAAUGUUUCCAACAGUUUCUGCCAAGCCCUGACACACAGCUCCUCUCUCUUUCUCCUUUUCUCUCUCUGUUCUCUACUUGAUUCCUUUUCUCUAACUCUUUUUCUUUCUUCAUUACACCCACUCACUGUCUGAGUUGGUUGUUUGCUUUUGUUUAAAAAAUUAUAUGGUAUUCAGUACUCCAUUGUGUUACAUUUGAAUUGUCUAUUGGUCGCAUUAAAAUAAAGAAUUGGAAAAAAAUGUUCAGUGUUCAAGGUGCAGUUACAUAACAUGAAGAAUUCAGAAUUUUUAAAACUGUCUGGAAGCAUUGAGCUGCCAUCAGAAAAAUCAUGAAAGGGACACUUUAGGCAUUAGAACUGCUGCAGCUUAAUGUAGUGGUUCUUCAGCAAAGAGACUGCCUCUACGCACUGAGCAAUGCAAAAUUGCCUUUUCUAAAAAUAAAUAAAUAAAUAAAGGCAGUGUUUACAUUGCUGCCUAAGGCUAUCUCUAGUCACUGUAAGCUGUAACUUGGACAGCGGCUAGUUACAGAUUACAGAUUGGAGGACCGAUGUGGAGAUGCGGAACGCUCCCCUUAGAGAUGCAUUGAGCUAAUGCACGCAGUGCCGCUAGUUACAGCAUACAUGCACUAGCCUCCCAACGCUUCCCUAAGGGAGAGAUCAUCAGUACUGAUAAAAACUGCAUGCCACAGGUAUAAAGUAAAUGUAUUUAUUUACUCAUUUCUGUGUGAGGGUGUACUAAUCGAAAUAGUUAUAAUAACAUUCUAGCAUUAAGAAUGCAUGUUUUUAUUCUUACACUAUAGUGUCCUUUAAAGCGAUGCUUCAAGGACUGUAAGCAUUUACUAUCUGUGCAUAUGUUAGUUCAGGCAGACUUUACCAAGCCUAAUUCAGCAACGUACAAAAGUGGGCAAGGACAUCAUACGUCGAGCAGAAACAUCAAAUGGCAACCUCCCAAAAUCAAUAUAGACAUUAGGAUAUUUUAAUUUUAUAUAAUAAAAUCUAUAAUCAUUUGACUGUUCAUCGGUCAUCAUUGCACAGGGUAAAUGCAUAAUGAGCCUGGAAUAUACAUGCUGGUUCUAAUGGUGAUUGCUCUAAUUUUAGUACUUUGACCAAAUUCGAAAUGUGACAUGUUGAUAUAUCUCCCCUUAUGGAUAUGUUUGGUAAGUUUGUAUAAAUAAGCUCUAAUUGAGUGAUAUAUGUUCAUCCAGCAAUGAGUAUUUACUGAAGUAGUGAAACAUGAGCAUAAGAUGGAGAGAGAAUGAAGAAAGAGGUAGAGAAGAUAGAGAAAAAAAGAAAUUAGUGAAAAAAGGAGAAAAUGGGGCAAGGGAAAAAAGGGGGUGAGGUGAGGCAGUUUAAAUGUGAGACUCAUACCAUUCAUGGACUAUGUCCGAGGAAGUCCAAGUGUGUGGCUCAUACCAUUCAUGGACUAUGUCUGAGAAAGUCCAAGUGUGUGGCUCAUACCAUUCAUGGACUGUGUCUGAGGAAGUCCAAGUGUGUGGCUCAUACCAUUCAUGGACUAUGUCUGAGGAAGUCCAAGUGUGUGGCUCAUACCAUUCAUGGACUAUGUCUGAGAAAGUCCAAGUGUGUGGCUCAUACCAUGAGGAAGUCCAAGUGUGUGGACUGGUGUCUGAGGAAGUCCAAGUUUGUGGCUCAUACCAUUCACAGUCUAUGUAAUAUAUUGCAGUUAAAACGAAACCGUACUGAUUAAUAGUCAUACUUUAAAGCAUCAGGGGAGGUAAAGAGCUUCAUGUAUCUUGGCUCUUGUAGAACCAAUGGGCCAUAUAUGUUUUUUUGACAUCAAGUUCUCGAUUAGCGGAUACCUCUGUACAUUCUAUAACUGUAAUGAUUUCCAAAAAGGUUGACAUAGUUUUGAAGUUGUUUUAUCAUUUCUCUCAAGUUACUAAAUCAUGCACUUUAUACUUAUUAGGUUUACUCAAGGCAACAUUUAUCUUUUCUUUAAACAGGAUGACUUUCUGCUUAUACACUACGAUAAAGGACCAUGCCGAAAUAAACUGGGCCAUUCCAGAGCAUCAGUUAUAUGGCACAGAACACAGGUUAGUAAAAGAUUUGUAUUGCUUUAAGAGGACCUCAUUAAGCUUUAAUGUACUUGUAUCGGAUCUCCCCACUGCAUUGUAUGUGCUGAAUCCUUCCAGCCACAGGUUUGAAGUCAGUGGUUUGCUUUACAAUGCACAUUUUCCUGACACAGAAUAAUCAUGAUGGUCCACAUGACUCGAUUCCCACUUACAACAUUAUGACCAGUUGCCCUCCGAGGCGUGGAGCACAGCGUUCCAAUUAGUGCCCAGAUUUCAAAUUGAACUGUAAGAGGAGAUAACGUCCAAACUGAAUUUACUUUAAUAAAAUCUAAAAUAGGUUUAACUGCAAACUAGACAAAUAAAAAAAGAAAGAGAUGACUUAUUAUACUUGCUCUGAGAAAAGUAAAAACUAAAACCAAAGUAAAUACAUUUUAGAUUGACUUUCUGUGACCUGUAAGCCGUUUAGUAUAAUUGUCACUAUUCACCCAUCAUGUAACCUCCAUUAUGUCCAAUUUUCUUCAGCUGUUUUUUGACUCAUUUUGGGCAAGGCCUCUCUGAUUUCCUCUGAAAAGGGCCUAAUUAAAGAGUCAUUGUCAGUUUUUCAAUACUUAAACUGAUUUGUUGCGAGAUUGCAUGUAUUAUCUUUAGAUGAAUGCAUUCCUGAUUGAUUAUUCUUCUGUCAGAUGAACUAUGCUACCUGCAAGUUUAACCAAAGGGUUUAAAAAAUAUAAAAAAUAAUAGUGUAAUAUUAACCUGAAACAUAGGUAUGUAGCAGAUACAUGUAGGAUAAAAGCACAAUUUUUGGUAUAGUUUGCUGUUCAAUAUAUAACAUUUAAAUUAUGUACAUAUAUCUGGUUUUCUUUUUUCAUUUCUUUUUUUUUACCUUCUACAAAAAUAUUGUGGGAUGAAAAGGCACUAUCUAUCUAUUGAUCUAUCGAUCUGUCUCUCUGUCUGUCUAUCUAUCUAUCAUCUAUCUAUCUAUCUAUUUCUAUCGAUCUAUCUAUGUGUCUGUCUGUCUAUCUAUCUAUCUAUCUAUCUCUAUCUGUCUGUCUGUCUGUGUGUCUGUCUAUCUAUCUAUCUACCUAUCAUCUAUCUAACUAUCUGUCUAUUGAUCUAUCGAUCUGUCUGUCUGUCUAUCUAUCAUCUAUCUAUCUAUUUCUAUCGAUCUAUCUAUGUGUCUGUCUAUCUAUCUAUCUAUCAUCUAUCUAUCUCUAUCUGUCUGUCUGACUGUCUAUCUGUCUGUCUGUGUGUAUGUCUAUCUAUCUACCGAUCAUCUAUCUAUCUAUCUAUCCAUCUAUCUCUAUCGAUCUAUCUAUCUCUAGCGAUCUAUCUAUGUGUCUGUUUGUCUGUCCUUCUGUCUGUCUCUCUAGCUGUCUGUCUAUCGAUCUGUAUAGCUCUCUAUUUAACUGUCUGUCUAGCUGUCUAUUUAACUGUCUAUUGAACAGUCCAUCUAUUUAGCUAUCAAUGGAACAGUCUAUCUAUUUAGCUAUCUAUCGAACAUCUAUCGAAGCGUCUUAUCUAUUUAGGUAUCUAUCAAACCUAGGAUAACCUAAAAAUACUUGCAGUGGUGUCAUAUGGAGUGGUCAAUGUUUAAUUUGGUAGGAAAUUAUGUUAGAAAUGUAUAACACUGGAGUGACCGUAUAUAUUUGUUCUCUUCUCUUGCAGGUUGUAGGUAUAUUUGCAGGAUUCGGCCUAUUGCUUUUGGUGGCAUCGCCAUUUCUUUUACUGGCAACCCCGUUUGUUUUGUGUUGCAAAUGUAAAUGCAGUAAGGGAGAUGAUGACCCUUUACCAACUUAAUUCUAAAUCAGAUAAUUUUACGAGUUAGAGCACCUUUCAUAAAUACUGCUGAUGGCUAUGCUAUAUACUGUAUCAUAGCCCUGCUAUUCUCAUCCAGCUUUCAGAGACAUACACAGUGCCAUUUUUUGUAAAACAUAUUGUUUGUGUAGUGGCUGAUAUCCUUCCGGGAUCGCUGUGAAUACGUUCAACAGAAGUCUUUGAGGGGUUAACAAACUCAAAUCCUUGAAGAAAGCUAAAGGCGAAGUUGUUAAAAAAAAAAAAAAAAAAAGACUUAUUUUAAGUAAUACAUUGUGACAUUUUCUAAAACUGUUUACUAUUGAUUUUUUUCUAAUUUUUUUUUUUAAUUUACAUUCCUGUUGUGUUUUAUUUUUUAUUUUGUCAUUUUUUGCUUUUUUAAAUGUGGUUGGAAAGUGUUACACAUGUUUCUUGCAUACAUUGUACAGUAAUAGGUAUGGUUUGAAAAAUGUAUUGUACUAUGUCCUUGAAUCCUUCUAAUGCACUGCCAUCUAGUGGUACAUGAAUGUGGUUCAUGGAACGCAUGAAAAUAUUUUGUAUUCAAUGUUAAGAGAUGCUUCUGUUUUAGAAAAAGAAAAACAGAUGUCCCAUUCUCUCCUUAUGAAAUGGUCCCAUUGAUAGCACAGUUUAUAUUGAUACUCAAAAGGGCUGCCUGUUUUAUAAAAAAAAAAAAAAAACAAACAAAAAAAAUCUUUUUGGACCAAAUAUGUAAAUAAAUGCAUGACAAUUUUCUAAGAAAUUAUCUCAUGACAACCCUGAUAUAUAUGUCAGUUUUCCAUCAGUGCACUAAUUACUAAAACACUUUUGGAAAUUUAUUGAGUGGUAGCGUAGAAAUGAAAUGCAUUUUGAAAGGGCACUGAUACCUACAUUUUAAUAGCACUUGUUUAACAUAUCACACAUACCACAAGUAGGCAAACUCUUACAUACAUCUUAAUGUUAUAGGCCUUGUCUGUUUGCCUAUUGUUGAUUUGUUUAGUGAUCAGCUUUUUGUGCUUUUCAGCAAUCAUAAAACAUACAGAGUUAAAAUCACAGUCAAAAACUAGAAAAUAAAUGCAUAGAUAUAACUCCAGACUCCCAUAAAAUGCUGACCUCCUGGAGAAAUAAAAGUCAAAAUAUGCAAGUUCCACAAUUUCAACAUAUCGACUUGGACUUCUGUAAAAGACCUGUUUAAUAGAAAGUUGACAUAUGUUUAAGCAUCACUGCAAUUUUCAACAAAGCAAGGUUCGUGCGAGUGCUGAAGGGAGUAGGUUAUCGACUGAUGGGUCAAAUAUUUUCUGUAAUAUCCCUAAGUCCCUUAUUCUGCUUCCUGUUUCAUUCCAGUUGUAAAGCUGAUACACAGCAGAUGAUAUUGCCGGUUGCAUUCCAUCAUUGACAUUUUUUUGUAUGCAUAAAUGCACAUAUUUUUAGUGACCUAUCCUGUGGUUUCUUAUGAUACAGAGUAGAACUGUCUUGCAAAAGGUAACGUGUUCCUCAAAUGAUGUUUAGAACUUGUUGAAUAAUUAAUGCCUGUAAGCUGUCUCUAUUUUAUUAUUUACGUGUGUGUGUAUGGUAUUGGAAACAAUCCUCUGAUGAAAGUUAGGUUUUAAGAUUAUUUUAUAUGACCAUUUUAUAACCCAUUGUGUUAUUUUUAAUUUACAUGUUACAUAAGUUGAUAUUUUAAAAAUAAUAUGUACGAUUCUAUAGUAUGCACCUUUGAUUAUGUUGUGUGCCUUUUUAACGUAUCUUGCUAACAGAGAUAGAAAAAGUUACAAUUAUCACUUUUAUAUGUUACCUUUGUUAACUAUGGGAGACUUAAAGGGGGACUAUCACCUCCCAGAAUUUGUAAUAUGAUACAUUUUUAUGCCACAUGUUAAGCAAAAAUAUAUUAGUGAGGUGUGAAAAAUAAAAUUAAAUGUAGAAAUUCCCAGAUUUUACUAUUAACAUGACGUAAAGUCAUGAUUUUAUUAAAGACACGGAGGCGAGUAUUAUGCAUAUCUCUUUCUUUAUUACUCUCAGCAGCAAAGAAAUAGAGAUAAAUAAAUAACUGAAAGAACAAAAAAAAUACAGUGUUCAAGUAACCAAUCACAUAACAGAGGAAGUGACUAUAAAAUACUUGAAGCACCCACAAUCCCCCUCUUUCUUGCGGAUAACGAAGACCAAAUACAGAACAUCCAACUUCGGCUAACGUAGCCAACCGCAGCUCCAAUAUGGCAAAUCACGAAGAAUUCAGGCUAAAGGAGACACAGAAAAAGAA